UUUUCAGAUGCGACGCACGCGUUGCUCGAGUCACUGCGGUCACACGCUAAAGAAUUUUCUCGACAGCAUUUCUGAGAGAGCCUCGCAGCCGCAGCGACCUAGAACUAGUCAAGCUCUUUACUUAGGAACCACUGGGUAGGAAACCAUUGGAAAGGCAUCAAUAUAACCCAGCACGUAAAGCAAAAAAAUGGCCCGCAAACCCAGCACACGCAAGCGCCGCGAGCCCGCACCAGCGGCUAGCACACGCGCGGAACCGGCGGCCAGCAACAAACGCCCCACGACAAAACCGGGCGCCGCCUGCCUCGAGCGCGUCCUCACCAGGGACGCGACGCAUUUCAACCUCGUGGCGCAGCUGGUGGAGUGGUGCGGGUGCGCGGCGCCGCUGGCCGCGCUCGACGCGACGUCCAGGACGUGCGCCGAGGCGGCCCGCACGCCUGUGAAAUUGGCGCUCACGACAGCGACGGAGGCCCAGCCCUUGGCGUCUCUGGUGAGGUCCCACGCGUCGCGGCGGAAGCUCUCAAUGGCGGCUGCGGACCGACGCCUCGUCGUGAUCGAGGCGGCGGACGGGACCCACGCGAACGUCGCACUCGAAGCGACCGAGGGCGGGCUCUACCGGCCGCAGGCCGCGCCCCCCGGCGUGCGCGUCGUGGCGACGGGCGCCGCGGACGCGCUGGCCGACUGCGGCGUGCUCAUUCUAGACACGUCGAAGCUGGGCCCGGCGGCGCGGGCGCGCCGCGUGGUCCGGCGCCUCGCCCUCGAGACCACGGCCCAGCAGGCGUCCGACGGCAACCGCCUGCAGCACGAGCUCGUUGCUCUCGCGGCGGCGCUCGACGAGAUGGGCGGGCGGACGGCCGAAGCGCUGGACGUCCCCUUGUGCCAGGCCCUCGACCUCAUCCUCGCCGUGGGCGCCGCGGCGGCCGACGUCGAGGAUGGCCGCAUGACGCUGGAGGCCGUGCGGCGCGCCUGCGCCGCCGCGCCGCGCUCGGCCGCCGCGAGCCGCCAGGAUCGCGCGUCGCGGCGGGGCGCCGACCCGCGCGCGUGGUUCGAGCUCGCCCUUCGCGGCCAGGCCCCGCCCUUCGCCGCCGCGGGCGACGACACCAUCGAGGUGGCGCAUCCGCGCUUGCUCGCGGCGCUCGUUGCGCGCAAGCGCACCGCAGAGCUGCUGGCGGGCCCCAAGGGCUCCUACGCGUCGUCGCGGUGGCAGAAGCGCUCGUUCCGCUUGCCGCAGCUCUACGCGUUCGAAGCCGCCGCGUCGGAGGCGCGCGGCAAGUACCUGGACGCGCUGGCGGCGGCGGCGAAGCCCCUCGCGGCCGGCGACCACGUCUUACUCUGCGAAGAGCACGGCGGCGCGUCGACGCGGCCCUGCACUGUCAUGAACUGUGUGGAAAUCAUAUAAUUUCAGGCGCCCCACGCCAUUGACGCGAUAUCAUCCAACUCACUGGUUGAUUUCAACACAGGUCGUACGACCGUCGCAGGACAACACGUCGUCGGUCGCCGUGCGGCUCGUCGCGGUCGGCGCGCCGCGGAACUCGGAGGCGUGGCGGCGGGCGGAGGCCGCCACGCCAUUAGUCGUGGCCCGGUGGCGCGUCCGCCGCGCGGUGCGGUGCGGUGUCGCGGCCUUGUGCCGCGCGGCGGCGACCGAGGGCUGCGCCGCGUUCCUCGACGAGCUGGGGACGGCGCGGGGCGUCGACCUGAUCACGCCCGUGUCGGCGAAGCGCCACGACGGCAUCGUCCACCGGGCCGCGCGCGAGGGCCGCGCGGAGUGUGCGCGCGUGCUCGCGAGGAGGGGCGCCUCGAGGUACACCUGCUGCGCCACGGGCCACCAGGCAUCGGUGCUCGCCCAGGCGGCCGCGCUGCUCCCCUCCGAGCGCGCCGCGACCACGAGAUCGCUCGACGAGAGCGCGGGCGACAACUGGCUGCGCUGCUUCCGGUCCACGCCCGUCUUUCACAUCACCGCGCGGCAGCGUGACCUCCUCGACGCGUGCGAGCUCUACGUGGAGAACGAAGCCACGGAGGGGCGGCUCCCUCCGAAAAGGAAGAUAAAGUGGGCGGCCAAGCGGCUGGAACCGUACCGGGCGACGCUCGAGGCCCCGGCCGACGCCGACGCGCCGGCGCGAGCGCGCUUCGCGAAGGUUUGCUUCGCGGCGCUCUGCGCGGCGGCGCGCGCGGGCCGCGUCGCCGUCGUCGCGGCUCUCGUGGACGAGUUCAGCUGCGACCCGACUGGUCGGGGCUUCCCCUCGUCGCCGCUGCACGCCGCCGUGCAGGCGCCUUCCACAGUGUGCUGCCGGUUCCUGUUGGACCGGGUCGGCGGCGACGCGACGCGGACGGAUGCGCGCGGCGUCUGCGUGCUGCGGGCCGCGGGGCGGGCCAACAAGCCGGAGACGCUGGCCCUGCUAUGUCGCCACGCGGCGUUGCGGAGCACGGUCCGCGGCGCGAACGGCGCGACGGCGCUCCAGGCCGCGGCGUUCUCGGGGUUCGCGGAGGUGGCCCGCGUCCUGAUCGAGGCCGGCGCCGACCCGGCUUAUGCUGAUGAUGAAGGCUGGACGGGCCUGAUGCUCGCCGCGCAGAACGGUCAUGCGGACGUGUGCGAGAUUUUGGUGGAGCGGGGUGCGAAUAGAAGAGCGAAGACACGAGAUGGGUAUACGGCGCUCAUGGCCUGCGCCAAGGACGGCCACGCCGACGUCGCCGCAUUACUACUCGACGGCGUCUCCACAGAUUUCGUGGGCGACGCGACGGCCGACGGCUACACGGCGCUGCUGGCGGCGUGCAACUACGGCCACGUCGAGGUCGCGCGGUUGCUCUUGGACCACGGCGCCGACGUCGAUGGCUGCCUCGGCGACGGCUGGAGCGCGCUCAUGGCGGCGUGCUGCCACGGAUCCAGGGAGGUGGCUUCAUUAUUACUGGAGCGCGGCGCGGACCCCCAGCGCAAGGACGGAGGUGGCUACACGGCUUUGUUGUGUGCGGCAAGCCAGGGCCGAGCAGAAUGCGCUUUCCUCCUUCUAGAAAGAGGCGUCGAUGUCGAGGCGAAGGACAGGAACGGCGACACGGCCCUCGGCGUCGCGGCGCUCUGCGGCCACGCUCUGGUAGUUGAGAUCCUGCUGGACCACGGCGCCGACGCGUCGCGCGCCGACGCCGAGGACGGCUGCACGCCGCUGAUGAACGCCGCCUACGGGGCGAAUGCUGAUGUCACGCGCGUGCUCGUGCGGCGGCAGCCGCAGUGCGUCGAGAUGCGCGACGACCUCGGUAGGACGGCGCUCAUGAUCGCCGCAGAGGCCGGCGCGGCGCGGCACGCGUCCGACGCGCGAGGGCGCGCGGCGCGCGUGGCGCACCACCUGCUGCGGCACGGGGCGUCGACGAAUUCUUCUGCUUUAGACGGGCGGACGGCCGUGCAUCUGACAGCGCAGCACGGCAACUCGGCCGUGUUGCGGUUGCUGCUGAGCGCCGAGGGGUCCGUCGAGGCGAGGGACUGCUGCGGCGUCACGCCGCUCGCGCAUGCAGUGACGGGCGGCCACUGCGCCUGCGCCCGGAUCCUCCUCGCGGCCGGCGCGACGACGACCGCACUGUUCCCAGGGGAAAUAUGUACGGCCGCGGACCUCAAGGGCGUGCUUUCGACCGACGCCAAUCUCACGGCGUACUCCUCGGACCGCUGGGUCGCCGUGGAACGGAAACGGGCCCGCCGUCAGGUUCGGUUAGAACGGUGCCCCCUCGAGCGCGUGCGCGGCCGGCCGACGCAGUCGACCGUCGGUGAAGAGAACCAUCGGUGCAGCUUCGUCGGGUUUAACACGUUUUGCGCUGUGUGGAAAUCAACCAGUGCGUCGGGUGUGCAGACGUCGCGUCGAUGGCGUUGAGGUUGACGUGACAUG